GUCACGCCGCGUAUUUUCAAGCUCUUUCCCUUUUCGUGUAGGCGUUGCACGCACUUCUAUAGUGGGAACCCUGUGAGGAGUCGCUGCUGCUUCUUCGGUUUCGACUAGCACGAGCUUUUAGUUAGUUUCGCGCCGGCAGCCGACAUACGCGCUUAUUUAUGCUUGCGACUUGACGCAGACGCAGCUUCGUCUCAAAUGCGCCUAUUCGUUUUUUUUCCGUUUCCGUUGCAUGCAUCGUCAGAUGACGUAAAGUUUUUUCAACUCGAUAGAAAGUUGAAUCCUUGGGGGCGAAUUUGUGCAGAUGCAAUGUGUUAUCAGCUUGUGAAGUGAUCGUGUGUGUGAUUUGCUUUUUAUUGAUUCGUGAAAACUGGUUCAAACGCGAUGACAGAUGAAUAAUUCAUCUUCGUUUGCAUUCCGUACAGGAAAAAGAACAUUGAUAAAAAACAGCCCGAAAGUGCGAGCAUCUUUUUUUUCUCUUUUUGAGCGCGUGACAACAAAGUGUCUCGGAUUUUCAUCACUGAAAGCAACACUCGUCAUCAGCGAGAUUACAAAGCUCGAGUUUUCGCCGAAUAAGCAACUGGUCCGAAUAGGAACAGACGGUGAAACUUGGCAACGGAAUUCGGCAAAAAAAAAAUCACACAUACACACAGACCAGCUGAACGAGCAACUCUUUUUUGUUUGUCAGAGUGAAAAGCAGAAGUAGCGACAUCAGAGAGAAGACACCGACUACUCUGAAGUUGGACAAAGCUACGCGUGGGAGGUCCGAAAUUGUAAACGCAAAGAAAAAAAGAGCGGCAUAACGAGAACACGUGGUACUUCUGAAAGAAUCAAGCAACGUGUCGGCGACACUCGAAAGAAGUGUGGAAUCGAGCCAAUAAAAAGGCAAAAAACAGCGCUCAAAAAAAAAGCACUGGAACUCUUUAACCCGACUCGUCGUCAUUCAUCGUUGGUGACCGCUGUGCUGUGGCGGACACAUCACACGCGUCAAAAGAGCACUCACUCGCGCGCGAACGCACGGGUGAACGAGAAAAAAUACCAGUGAUCUGACUGUUGUCAUCUCUCUCUCUCUCUCUCUCUCUCUCUCUCUCUCUCUCUCUCUCUCUUUCCUGCACGCUUUUUCGCUUCGACACAAUUCCGUGAUACCGAGUGCGGCAGUAUCACUUUACAUAAUGAUAUCUCACGGACACUCUGCGUGAACAAUUGAGCCAAAUUGCUAUGAAAUAAUAUAAGCCAUUCACAAAAGUUAAUCGCACGGGAGAUCAUCGAAAAGAAGCUCGAAUAUCAUACGAGAGAGGGAUUAGAUGAUUUCCAAUGUAGCAUCGAUGGCAGUCUGACGCCUGACGUCCAUCAUGCGGUGCACGUUCACCUUGUUGUUUCUCGCCUUGGCGUUUCUGCUGACUAUCGUGGAUUCUAGGUACAACGCCGCCGACGACAGCCGGAACAAAGUAAACACUGUCGUCGAUGAAAAAAUAUGGGCAAUCGAAGGAGAAGACGUGGAGCUUCCAUGCGACAUAACUUCAAUUACUCGUCCACAAGACAAAGUUAGCAUGGUCCUGUGGUUCAAAGACGAAGCUGGAGUUCCUCUAUAUACGCUGGACGCAAGGAACACCGGGGGCGAUCUGUUCAAAGCCGUGCACUGGACCAUGAGUGGAAACCUCGGAAAUCGAACGUAUUUCCAGGUGGACAGCGAGGCUGGCCUCGCUCGGCUGAAAGUCAAAGGGGUCGCCUACGAAGACCAGGGGGUAUUUCGGUGUCGCGUCGACUUCGUCAACUCGCCAACAAAUAACUUUCGUGUCAACCUCACUUUCAUAGAACCGCCAAGGAAGCCCGUUAUUUACGACGCCCAAGGCAAGGAUGUGAAGAGUGUAGCUGGACCCUUUCUCGAAGGUUACGAGCUUGUAUUGCAUUGUCAGGUUGCUGGUGGUAAACCAAAGCCCACGGUGACAUGGUGGAAAGAUGAUGAGAUGAUUGAUGGCACAAUGGACUCAACGGAGAGAUUUGUUGUAAAUACUCUUAAAAUUGGCAAGGUGACCAGAGAAUUAUGGGGCACAAAACUCGAGUGUAGAGCUGAAUCCAAAAUUGCCAUCAAAUCCAGGGUUACGUCGAAGAAAGUUUCACUCGAAAUUUUGCUAAAACCAGCCUUGGUGAGUAUAGUUCUGGAGGAAGAUGAGAUUUACGCUGGUCGCCCGAUGAACGUACGCUGUGAGACUUGGGGAAGUUGGCCGGGGGCACGGCUUGUCUGGCGUCUCGCUGGCCUCGUUAUGCGAGAUUCCAGCCUGCAAACGCCCACCCAACCACCGCUACCCAGUCAAAAAGCCAACUUGACCAUCAGUAAGCUCGCUCUUGUGCUCGACAAGGAUGACGACGCUAAGGAGCUGACCUGUCGCGCGGAAAAUCCACGCUUUCCCGGAGGAGUCCUUGAGACUACCAAAGUCCUCAACGUCCUUUAUCCACCCACUGCAACCGUAUCGUUGGCAAGCGGAUUCGACAUUGAUACUUUACGGGAAGGAGACGAUGUCACAUUUGUUUGUCACUAUAAGAGCAAUCCCCGACCAACUAGUAUUGAGUGGAUGCAUAAUAACAAGCGACUAGAGCACAACGUCGAAGCUGGAGUUCUCUUGGCUUCCAGCAGUCUGACGCUUCGAGUACUGACGCUCGCUCACAACGGAGCUUACUCGUGUUUGGUCAGGAACACUGUUGGCGAAGUUCGUAGUCCGUCGCUUCCCAUUCACAUGAAAUACGUUCCCAGGUGCAAGUCAGGACACGAGAGACAAGAUCUAGUGGCAGUGCCCGGCGACACGCUGAGGCUACGCUGUGAAAUCGAAGCAGACCCGCGGGACAACGUACGCUUCUCGUGGACGCGUAAUAGCAGUCUUGGCGACGUGUCCGCAGUGCCGAAUCCACGACCGCUCAGCCACACUCUCGAAUAUGUACCAAGAAGUGACGAUGACUUCGGCACCGUUGCGUGCUGGGCUAUCAACAGCAUUGGACAGCAAAAACAUCCAUGCCGAUUCGAUCUCAUUCCUGCGAAACCACCGCAGAAGCCAAUAGAUUGCAGCAUUCGCAACGAGAGCAGCGCGAUGGAGGUGAACUGUAUCCCGGGAGCAAGCGGCGGUCUGCCGCAGCACUUCGUGUUGGAGGUGCACGGUAGCCUGGAAAAUUCGAAGCUCUUGCAGCAGAUACCUCAAAAUGAUCAGGGCGUUUCUACUGACAGCAGUAGCAGCGACAUCUCGUCCCCGGCAGCACUGCCCGUCUACUCGGAUCGCAAUGAGGAGCCAAGUUUUCAGGUUUACGGCCUCCAGCCAGGAUACGAUUACACAAUUGUCGUCUACGCCGAGAAUAGUCGUGGACGUAGUCAACCAGUACUCAUCGAAAAUAUUCGGGUAUCUGAGAGUGUGCAACGAAGCCGUUUUCUUGGCGCUCUACCCAAUGUCAUAUCCGACGUCAGCAGCCUUAAGAAUGUCUUCAUUGUUAUCACAUUGAUAAUUGCAGUUUCGCUGAUAUUAGUUGGAAUAGGCGUGGCAAUAGGAGUAGUAAUUUGUCGACGACGAGCCAGACCGGUAGCGCAAGAAAGCCUUGAUGACUUUACAACGCCGACGUACAUUUCCGCUCAGAGAGUUGAGCCUAGGAUCAGAUACGGUAGCGGCAGUGACAGAAGACGCUCACAGCGUACUAGUCUCUAUCUGGAAGAUAAUCGAAUUGAGCCAGACUUAUUGCAGCAAGUGGACAUCGAUCAACAUGAAUGAACCGAAGAUGGCUGAACACACUUUUGUACAGAAAAAAAUAUUUUACCAUACUUGUGUAAAUUAAAGCAACAAGUAGUUCUCACUUUGUAUAUCGCAAGACAACGUACCUUAUUAUUUAUAAGACAUUAUUACUUAAGCUUACGAAAAAAUUUAUUUAAGUUAGUUAUUAUUGGCUACGUAAACAAUAAUAUAACGUAAACGAUUUAUGUUAAAAAAAUAUAACAACGCAUGUAGAGCUUCGUAAAUUAUUUAAAAGAAAGUAAUAUUUUAUUUAUAAAACUAACAAUUUACAAUUCUGUUUGUAAAAGUAUUAUCAAUUUAAGCUACUUUAAAGGAAACGUUGUGAAUGUAUUUGAAUAUUGAAAUGGAGCAGUAAGGAAGACAGGAUGUGAGUUACAAAACAAGAGAAAUCUGUCGAAUUUGAUAUUAUAACUAUCUAUCAACACGCAUUACCGAAUUAUUGCAGUUUGUAAAAUCUAUCAUUUCUAUUUCAUGCUUGAGCAGAGAUGAUCGACUUCAAAUUCAAUUCGUGUUAACAUCGCCGAGGAGGUCAAACGUACAGUUAUCUUCCGUGCGGGGGACUUCCUUGGGGAAAUCUUACAUGCAUUUUGUUCAAUAAUAGUAAGUCAGCAAUAUGUCCGAUCAAAUACGGUUUCCGCAUUCAUCGAGAAAUAUAUCUCCGUAAAAGUUGACAACAGAUUUUGAUUUUUACAAUUUUAAAACUGUUAUUUUCUUUUUAAAGUAUUAUUCCACCUAAGCCUAUACAAUUUAUUUAUUGAAAACUUCAACGUCAAUUGUUACUCUUCGAAAGGUCACUUAUUACUUAUCCUACUCACAUGUAUCACAAUGUAUAUAUUACUCAUCGUUGUAAUUCAUUACGAAAUUAAUUCUGCUUUCCAUUAGAUCUCGUUUAUUGCGUUAUCAAUACUUGUUAUAAGCGUCAACCAAAGGGGCCUUUGUGAGCAUAAGAAAGUAAGCGAUAUUGUGUAUGUAUGAGAAAAAAAGCAUUAUGACCGGACCGAGCACUCUCUAAGCUUUGUUUUUUAUAUAAAUUGCCGAAGUAAUAAAACA